AUGAAGAAGAUGGAAGAGGGUGGCAUUGUGUGUGACCCCCUCAAGGCAGUGCACAUUGUGCGUGGUGUCACGGGCCGCGAGGUCUGCCACUACUUCUUCAACCCCGAAGUGCGCUUCGACUGGGAGACAACCUUAGAGAACAUGGAAGUGCUUGAGGUGCUAGAGCCCAUGACAGUGAUAGUGCACCAGAUCCACAAGAGGGUGUGGCCAGUCACCCAGCGAGAUGCCCUCUUCUGGUCAGACAGCACGGACCCUGAUGCUCACGAUGUCUGGAUCGUCUGCAACAACUCUUGCGACACACCUCACGUACCUCUUGGCAAGUGUGUGCGUGUGCGGUUGACUGUGUGCCUGAUGUGCCAGACCUUUGUGGACCCGCCACAGCCAAACAGCAACAUCACUCGGGACAACCUCUCAUGCAAAAUCACGUAUUGCUCAAGCAUCAACCCUGGUCGCUGGGCCCCCGCAUCAGUGCUGCGUGCUGUUUACAAGCGGGAGUACCCCACGUUCCUCAAGCGGUUCACACAGUAUGUCAAGGACCAGACAGAGCCCAAGGAGAUCAUGUUCUGAGACUGCCUUUCUCGCCUUUGGCCAGAGUAUGCAUCCCUCGGUCAGCACAAAGCAAGGUUCUUCGAAGGGAGUGCAGACGACCAAAGCCGUCUGUGUUCACGAAUGUGAGACACUGGGUGGUGGACAGAAAGACAAAACAACCAUAAAGUGACAGUACAUAGAUGUGUCCACAACAACAGACUCAAGAAAAUGUCGAAAAUACGCAAGCAAGGUGAACCUUUAUAAAAAAAAUGGAAAGGACAAAAAGAUAGAAAGACCUUAAGAAAGAACGAAAGAAAAAAAGAAAAGACGACCUCUGAAGUGUUAAAUAUUCAGGACACGGUGUGAUGUCAGCCACGCCUCUCUUAGAAGUUGCAAGUAACGAUCACGAACGCUGCAGAGCAGCGUGGUGGGCGUUGUAAAACAAGUUGGAAGUGACAAACUGCAUUUGUUAAGGGUGCUCGUGGUCGUGCUUGGGCAGACUUUAUUCUGUGGCUAAGCUAGAUUUGGGUACGAUGAGAAGGGCAAAAACUGUAUUUUAAGGAAAGCAGGGUUUCAAUCUAUAGUGGCAAAGCUAUACGACUCCAUUUUAUAUAAGAGCGCCGUGAAAGCACAGUGCAUAAAGAUUUAGCUUCCUCCUCCUCCACUUCGUUUCUUCCCCUAUGCAGAUUUUGUU